CUCGCGGAGUGUUACGCGCUUGAGUAACACCGUGUUGGAUAACUACAAACAAACAACAAACAAGCUUCACAUCUUCAUCCAAAUGAAUAAUGAUGUGUUGUCCGAAGGAUUUGGGUGUUAGUCAUACUAUUUAGGUGUUAAUUGUUCCAUCGUGAAGACUGGCUGUUUAGAACUUUAGAAUUUCGCGGAUUAACAUUGAAAGGGAGGUGCAAGGACCAAGAUGGCGACCAGUGCCAAAAUGUCUUUCAACUACUACCAAAAUGGAAAAUAUGGAACGUUGCCACAAAAUCCCCAGAAAGACAUGGAAGUUACACAAGACAUGCACCUUAAAAUGUCAAAGAAGAUCGCUCAGCUCACAAAGGUCAUCUAUGCUCUCAACACCAAGAACGAUGAACACGAAGCGGUCCUUCAGAGCAUCAAGGAGCAGCAUGAGUCUGAGUUGCAACAGCUGCUGUCAGAAACCAAAGAAAAAGUGGAACUCUACAAAAACAAAAUCAAUGCCGAUGCUGAUCAUCGGAAGAAAAUACAGACACUCGAAUCAUCCCUGGCAGAACAAGAGAAGUACAAAAGUUCCGCCUUGGAUGAGUUUGAGAGGUUUAAGAAGCGUGCAGAAGAGAGAGAAUGUGAGCUGAAGACAGAACAUUCCAAAAGAAUAUUAGACCUUUCGCAGGAAGUGUUGAAGGCUAAGCAAGAGUUCGAAGAAAAGGUUGUUAAAUUUGAGGAAUGGAUGCAGCAGGUAGACAUUGACAAAGCCAGAGCUUUGGACGAAAUUAGACAGAAACAUGAACUUGAGUUAGAUGAAUUACGAACAUUUCAACGAUCUCAAAACAGUGACUGGUUAAAUGAGUGUACAAAAGUUGAGGACAAGUUCAAAACGGAAAUUCAGGAGUUGAAGGAUAGAAUAGAUGUUUUGCAGGAUGAGAAAGUCAAAUUGGAGGAAGACCAUGAACUGAAAAUGUCCAAAGCACAAGCCUUUUUUGAGAAAGAGCUUGAAGCUUUGAAAGCAUCUCAGAAUGCUGCACUGGAAGGGGAUGUGGCAAAGCUUCGGCAGGAACAGGAGAAAAUGGUGAAGGAUUUCGGAGCAUUAGAGAAGGAGCUGAAGAUACAGAUUGAUCAGCUCAUCAGUCAACUUUCGGAGAGUGAGGAGUUGGUGGAGAAACACAAACAUGAACUUCUACAGUUACAGAAUAGUCUCAGGGACAAAGACAGCACUUCACAUGACGUGAACAAACAGUUGUCAGAACAACAGGCUGAGGUGGAGAGGUUGUCCACAAGGCUACGGGAUGUUGAGACAGAUCUAUCCGCAAUGACAGAACGAUGUACGGAACAGGCUGCCGAGAUGCUGAGGAAGUCAACGCUGAUCGGGGAGCUGGAAGCCACCAUCCUUCAGAAGAGUAGUACAAUAGACGAGCUCAGGUCACAAGUUUCCAAGUUGAAAGACAAACUGGCAUGGUUGGAGUCAGAGAGGAAGAACUUAGAAAGUCAAAAACAGAACCUUUCAGAAGAACAGCAGUCACAGCUGAAGUCUUUAGAACAGUCCCUGGAAGACUUGUCUAUAGAGAAGCAGACCCUGCAGCAGAGACUGGAGCGUGAGAUCCAGAGUCUGCAGGAGAAGUACCAGCACAAGGAGAAGCAGCUGACGGCAGCACACGACGCUGCCAUCAGUACUCUCAAAAGAGAACACCAGGAACAGAUGGACCAACAAAAGACAGCUGCUGUGGAGGUCCUGGAACAGACUAAACAGGAGUACCAGUGCAAGUAUGACGAGGAUGUGAAGCAGCUGACUACAGACAAAGCUGCUGUCAUGCUGGAGUUUGAGAGGGUCAGGGCAGAGUUGGUCAGCAAACUGCAGAUUACAGAGAACGAGGUGAAGAGACUAGAGGGGCUGGUGAAUGACAGUGAGCACGGCCUGGGGUCAGCUACUACCCACAUCACCAACUUGAAGGAGGCAGCCACUAAACUCAAGUAUGAGCUGGACACUACUCGGGCAGAGCUGAAGGCAACCAAGGUCUCGGAGGCCAAUCUGAAGGCAGAGCUGGACAAGUUGAAGCUACUGCAUAACAGCAAGUUGACAGAACAUCAGGUUGAGAUGAAGACCCGCCUGGAACAACUGUCCACCGAGCUGGACAAGAAGUGGACAGACACCUUGAGGAUGGAGUGUAAGAAGCUGAGAGAGGAGCUGGUGGAGCAGAAGGAAGAUGAGAAGAAGUCUGCUCUGGCUGAGCUGACCAGGCUGAAAGAUGAUGAGCUGGUCACCAUGCGGUCAGCCCUGGACACCAAGAUAUCGGACCUACAGAAGCAGAUCGCGCUGCUUGUGCAGAGUGUUCAGCAGUCUGAGUCCAAGUCCAACAGUGCCCUAGACGCCAUCAAGUCGGAGGCUGAUGCUGAGAAGAAGAGGCUGAUGCAAGAGAUGCUGGAUGCUGCUCAAGACUAUGCCAGCAAAAUAGCAGUCAUGGAAGCAGCUCACCAAGACCAGAUGCAGAAACUCACCUCCACGAUGAACUCCGAGGCAAUGGAGACUGCAGAGGCCACCAGUGGGGACUCACUACCUAAGGAAAUAGAGAAGAAGUUGCGGACACAGCACAUUGAGGACAUGCAGGCCCAGACAACAGCUCACCGGGUUAUGGUGGAAAACAUCAAGGAUCAGGCCGACAAGGCCAGACUCACCGAGGUGUCGGACAUGGCAGAGAAACACAAGACUGCUCUAGCCGAGCUGCGUGACGAGCUGACCAGCACCCACCUGCAGGAGCUGGAACAACUGAAGCUGAGCCACCAGGGGGAGCUGACAGCUGCCAGGAUGCAGCUGGAGAGAGCUGUAGAGAUCUCCAAACAAAAGGACAAUGACCAUUCACUGAGGAUAGAAGAACUUCAAGGAGAGAUAACUCAGCGGGAGCGCCAUAUCAAGAACCUGGAGGAGGAGAUACGCAAGUGGCAGAAUGACACUGAACAACUGAAGAAAGAAAUCACUGUAAAAGGAAAGGAAAUCCUCAAAGCUAGAAGUGAAGCUAACAACAGACUCAAGUCUCAAGAGGAGCAGCUCCAGAGUCGGCACCAGCGGUCAUUGGACAACCUGUCUGCUGACCACAUCCGUGAGAUGCAGGACAUGGUGGCGCAGUUCAACCAGGCCCAGGAAAUGCUGAAGGAUAAGAUCUCCGAGCUGCAGAUACAGCUGGAGGAGGCAGAAGAGAGAUAUGAGAACCGUGAGUCUCGCCCUGAAGACCUGGAGCUGAUUCAGCAGCUGAGAGAUGCCAUCUCAGAGAGAGAGCAGCGCCUUAAGGAGAUCAUGGAUGAGAAGCGGUUCUAUCAGCUGGAGCUGGUCAACAGGGAGACAAACUUCAACAAGGUCUUCAACAGCAGUCCUAAUGUCGGCGUCCUCAACCCUCUCAAUGUCAAGAAGAGGAAGGGUGACAAGAACCCAGCGAAACAUUCGAGUGCCCCCAGCCUGUCCGGCAACAACCAACGUCUCGACCCCCUCCCAGGCUCCCCACUGCAUGAUGAGCGCCUCAACCCAGUCAGGCCUCUACCACAACCAGCCUUUACCAAAAAAUUUGUGCGAUAAAUCUCCUUGUGUUGUCUGUCCACUUCCAUAGGUACAGGUAGCUGAUUCCAGUAUUCAUCAUCACAUGUCACCGUACGAAGAGUAUAUGAUGUUAUAUAAGUAUUAUCAUGAAUGUAAUAUAUAUUUGUAUGGAGAGCAUUAACUAUUUAUAUCAUACCAAGCAUUGUUAGUCUAUGAAUAUGUACAGUAUGUAAUAUAAACUUGUGUAAACAUUCAUGAAUGAUUAUGAAUAUUAGGUACAAUUUGUUAUGGAAGUGAUGAUAUUAGUUAGGAUAUGAUCCUUUAUUGACCCAAGUUUGGUUUAAGAGACAAUUUGGGCUAUUUUCACAAGUUUCAGCCAUUGCUAUGUACAUCUUGAACCUCAUGUGUCUUUUCCAUUUUGGCAUGGAUGGCACUGGCUGACGUGAUCCAAGUAUUUAAGCCAAUAAAUUUAUUUAAAUUAUUUACAUAUUUAAGUCUAUAUUCUGCAAGGUCGGUUUUUAUGUACCAAGUACACAUAAAUUGAUUUUAUCACAAACUGUGGCUUUACCACUCCAUCAAAUUGCUUAUUAACAAUUCAUCACAGGUAGGUUGCUGUGGGUUUGCAUUAAACUUGCGUAUAUGGUCUAGGGUUUGGGUUGAAUGUGCCUGUAUGGACUAGGGUUUGUGUUGAAUGUACCUGUAUGGACUAGGGUUUGUGUUGAACUUGCCUAUACAGAGUAGGGUUUGUGUUGAACUUACCUAUAUGGAGUAGGGUUUGGAUUGUAUCUGUGGCAGCCUACAUGGUUUCUGUGCCAGGAAUCUGUAUGUGCUGUCAUCAUGGAUUGUGAAGCAAUUGUGAUUGAAGUCCAGAAACUUCAACUGUUGUCCAUGCAUUGGUCCAUAAAGAUAUCUUUGCGUUUGUCCCUUCAAGGUCCACUGUUGGCCUUAUGUUGGUCUGUAAGGAACCUGUAUCAGGCUUUGCUGGUCACUCAUGGUCAUGUGUUGACCUUGUGCUGGUCACUCAUGGUCAUGUGUUGACCUUGUGCUGGCCACUCAUGGUCAUGUGUUGAUCUUGUGCUGGCCACUCAUGGUCAUGUGUUGACCUUGUGCUGGCCACUCAUGGUCAUGUGUUGACCUUGUGCUGGUCACUCAUGGUCAUGUGUUGACCUUGUGCUGGUCACUCAUGGUCAUGUGUUGACCUUGUGCUGGUCACUCAUGGUCAUGUGUUGACCUUGUGCUGGCCACUCAUGGUCAUGUGUUGACCUUGUGCUGGUCACUCAUGGUCAUGUGUUGACCUUGUGCUGGUCACUCAUGGUCAUGUGUUGACCUUGUGCUGGUCACUCAUGGUCAUGUGUUGACCUUGUGCUGGUCACUCAUGGUCAUGUGUUGACCUUGUGCUGGUCACUCAUGGUCAUGUGUUGACCUUGUGCUGGUCACUCAUGGUCAUGUGUUGACCUUGUGCUGGCCACUCAUGGUCAUGUGUUGACCUUGUGCUGGUUUCUCAAUCAUGUAUUUCAGAAGGAUGUUCAGAACAUGGAAUGAUUCAUUAUAUUUUGUUUAAAAAAUAUUAUAAAACUUGUUAUAGAACCUUACUGCUGACAUUGUGAUUCUCUGAAAAGUUCAGGGGAUAAUACCAGUUUCACAGCAUUAAUUACUUUACCAUAGUGUACACAGUCUUUGUGGCGAUUUGUUGUGAUAUUUACCAAGACAAGGAAAUAGUUGUCAUUGAAAAUGAAGGAUAAUAAUCCAUCUGUAAAUGGUUCAUUCAGAAUUGCAUUUCUCACAAAUAUGUGCUCUUGAAAAUCCUUUCCAUACUAGAGGAACCAAUACAGCAGGUUGCUUCAGGACAGAGUUUAGUCUCGAGGAGUCAGAGUAACACACCCUGGAAAAUUUUCAUCUUUCAUUCAUAUAACUACAAAACAAUAUGCUGUACACUGGUACUGCUCUGUGUCUUACACCAGACCAAGAUUGGUCUCAGUGACAUCCACAUUUGAGUAAACAAUAUCAAUGUU